AUGGAAGCGUCGCCGAGCGGCGACGCUCUCCUGCUCUCCAUUGCCAUCGCCAUCACCUUGCUCAUCGCUGCCGCUGUCUGGAACAGGCGUGUCCGGGGGCACGACAAUAGCGCCGCGCCGAGCCCGCCGUCGCGCCCGCUGCUCGGCCACCUCCACCUGCUCGGCAAGCCGCUGCACCGCUCGCUGGCCGCGCUCGCUGCCGCGCACGGCACCGGGGGCCAGCUCGCGCCGCUCCUGUCCCUGCGCCUGGGAGCGCGGCGCGCGCUGCUGGUGUCGUCGCACGCGGCGGCCGAGGAGUGCUUCACGGCGCACGACGCCGCGCUGGCGGGCAGGGCGCGGCUGCUGCUGGCUGGGAGAGGCUCGGGUACGGGUACACCGUGGUCAGCUGGGCGUCCCACGGCGACCACUGGCGCGCCGUCCGCCGCUUCCUCGCCGUGGAGCUUUUCUCGGCGUCCCGCCUCGCCGCGUGCGCCGCCGACCGACGCGCCGAGGUCGCCGCUCUCGUCGAGAGCCUGCUGCUCCGUGACGCCGCCGCCGCUGGACCAGACGCGUCCAGCGCCGCGGUGA